AUGGCUACUGAAGUAGCUGCUUUCUUGCUCAAAGAGAAGCUGCAGAAUCUCAGAGCUGACCAAACCAUAAUCUACCCAAAACUGAAGGGCAGAAUCAGCACUGCCAUCAACAAUCUGCAGCAGCUCUUGACCUUCGGUAAAGACACGGCAGAGGACCAAGAAAGCGAGAAGACCAAACUCUUGUCUACCAUCUACAGUGCAGAGGACACCAUUGAUACCUACCUCCUGAGAAGAGCCCAGCAGAAGCUCAAUUGGAGCCAGAAGGAAGUGAGCAAAGGGUUGAAGAAGUUCAACGGUGAGCUCAUGCGCUUGUCCUUUUUCUCUUCACCCAACAAAGAUCAGCCUCAACCUCAACCUCUUCAAAGCGAAGUUCUGGGAAAUGUUGGCAGUGCCACCUCUCCUGAAGGAGGAAGCACCCGCCGUUGGGAAAGGAUCUCUCAACUUCUUGACAUGGAAUCAGAGGCUGUGGUUCGGAAGCAGGACAUGGAAGAGCUUGUGAAGGACUUGAUUCCUCUGCCUCAGGAAGAACAAGAAUUGAGGGUUCUUCCUGUGGUUGGCCCGGGAGGCUCAGGCAAGACGACGAUGGUGAGAUUGAUUUGUGACAGGGUCGACGUCAAGCAGCACUUCGAGUGCCGCGCCUGGGUCUGCGUGUCCAGGGACUUCAAGUUCAGAGAUGUGGUGGUUGACCUGAUAAGGCAGGUCUCCAUAACCCAGUCGAGUGGGAUAGACCGUAUGGGGGAUGACAUCUUGGCUGAGAUGCUUCUCAAGGCUUUGAUGGAGAAGAGGUAUUUGAUUGUGUUGGAUGAUGUUUGGAAAGUUGAGGUUUGGCACAAGCUGACGAUCUCCUUACCAGAUUUGCAAAACGGAAGCAGAGUGAUUGUCACCACUCGUUCUGAUGAAGUAGCUGAAUUGGCUGAUCUGUGGGGCAAUCCGUUACAGCUGCACCGGAUAUGCGAUUUCGAAAGAUGGGAAUUGUUGAAGAAGCAAGUUGGUAAACGUGAGGCGGAAUUGGGCAAAUUUAAGGGCGAGAUCAUGGCAAAGUGCCAUUAUCCUCUGGACAUAGUUAUAAUGGGUGGGAUUUUAUCAGCCACAGAGUCCAGCGACUGGCCUAGAAUAAUUGCCAAGCUUCCUUCUCCUGGUGAAGGCCGGUCGACAUCGUUGGACAUCGUGUCUUUGAGCUUCCAUGAGUUGCCGCCACGGUUGAAGGUAUGCUUUUUGUAUCUCGAUCUCUUUCCGAAAGCAUUAGAGGUCCCCGUUCGGAGAUUGUUGUGGUUGUGGCUUUCGGAGGGUUUCUUGAGUCCAACGCCUGCCGAGCGAGAAAAGAAGCUUGAACCUGAAGAUCUAGGCGACAUGUGCUUCGAAUUGCUGGUCCGGCGGAAAUUGAUUGAAGUAACAAAAUGGAAGUUGGAUGGAACCCCCAAAACGUGUUGCAUGUCGGGCGGCAUCCAUGAUAUCUUCUCUCCACAAUCAGUGGGUUCAGGUCUUUAUUACAUUCAUGAUAAUAAAAGCGGACCUCCUAAAGGUUACAAUAUUCGACGGCUCGUGGAGUAUUUGGAAAUUGAGGAGAUUUCCAACAAUUACGUCGAUGAAAAUCUACGGUCUUUUGUGGUUUUCAACAACAAACGCAGAGGUAAGGCCAACAGAGAAAUCGGUACAUUUUUGAAGGCCUUGGUCCAUAAAAAGGGGUUUGCAUUGCUAAAGGUCCUUGAUCUAGAGGGGGUCUACAAACCUAUGCUUUCGGAGGUAGUGGGCAAUUUGAUUCUUUUAAGGUUUCUAGGCUUGAGAUCGACAGUACUAGAUUCAAUCCCAUCGGCUGUUGGAGAGCUACCGUGCCUAGAAACUCUGGAUCUGAAGCACACUAGUGUGACCACCCUACCCGACUCAAUUUGGAAGGCGAAGAACCUCAGGCAUCUGUACCUAAACGAGGUUCACGUCGACGCGUUCUUCCAGAAGCUGACUAAAGGGUCUCUAAGCAGUCUUCAGACACUGAGGGGGCUGCGUGUAGGUAAUGAAAAGGUCGUGACCAGAGGUUUGGAUAGACUGGUUAACCUCAGGAAAUUGGGACUCAUGUGUCAUGAAAAGUCAGUGAAGUCUGUGUUGAAUUGGGUUCGGCUACUACCUAAUCUUCACUCUCUGAAGUUGAGGUCAAUUGACGAAUUUGGUAAGUCAUCGAAGAUUGAGUUGGAGUCCCUGGAGGAACAGACGAAGCUCUGCAACUUAUACUUGCUCGGGAAACUAGUGAAUCCAGUAAACCUGCGCAGGGUACUCCCAUUGUGCAUCAGGAAUCUUACACUGUCGAUGUUGGCACUGAAGGAAGAUCCCAUGCCAGUGCUGGGCAAGUUGCCUGAGUUAAGCAUCCUCAGACUCCUUGCUGAUUCAUAUUUGGGAAGUAAAAUGACUUGCGAUGUUGGGGGAUUUCCGAAACUCAGGGUGUUGAAGCUGUGGAUGCUCGACGAACUGAGGAAUUGGAAAGUGGAGGAUGGGACGAUGCCCAUCUUACAAGAAGUAGAAAUUAGAGGGUGUGAUCAAUUGAGCAUGAUUGAUGGAAUCAAGCACUUGCAGAGCUUGAAGGAGCUUACCCUGACUGGAAUGCCAGAGAGUUUCACAAAAGAAAUCAGAGGAAUAGAAAGAAAAGUGUACAUUAAAGUAAAUUGUUGGAAGCUUUCUCGUCCAGGCAAAUUAGGCGCACACUGAAGAUGAAGAUGAAGAUGAUGAUGAGGAUGACAGCAAACUAGGUUGAAGAAGGAGAGGAAAGUGAAGAAGAGAUGGAGAUGGAGAAGAAGAUGACAACAAAAUGUGUUGAUCAAAAGUGAACCGAACAAAGUCGAGCUUGUGGUUUGAAUCUGUUCUAUUGUUUUUAAAAGGCUUUUCCAUGUAAAAUUUGCAUGUCUUAUUUUCUAUUUUUAUUUUCUCAUGAAAGUUUCUCGUUCCUAAUGGCAAGAGUGUGGAUUGAGUGCCGAGUGACCUGAGCGUGCCGUGGUGAGUUUGAGAGUGAAUUCUAUAGAGUGUGCUGAAUUAAGAGUGUGUCAAUGUACUUGAGAUUAUUAUUGUAAUAAAAUUUGAGUUACACAUGCA